CGCCGCCACGGGGCCGCGGAGCUGCCGUUGCGGCGAGGCGCGGCGAGGAGCGCCCCGGGGACGCGGCACCGCUGGUGCCCGGCGCCGCUGGCCGCCAUGGGGGAACAACCCAUCUUCAGCACCCGAGCUCAUGUCUUCCAGAUUGACCCAAACACUAAGAAGAACUGGGUUCCCACCAGCAAGCAUGCUGUUACUGUGUCCUACUUCUAUGACAGCACAAGAAAUGUCUACAGGAUAAUCAGUUUGGAUGGCUCAAAGGCAAUAAUAAAUAGCACUAUCACUCCCAACAUGACAUUUACUAAAACAUCCCAGAAGUUUGGCCAAUGGGCAGACAGCAGGGCAAAUACAGUCUAUGGCUUGGGAUUUUCAUCUGAACAUCACCUUUCAAAAUUUGCAGAAAAAUUUCAGGAAUUCAAAGAAGCUGCACGACUAGCAAAGGAAAAGUCCCAAGAAAAGAUGGAGCUAACAAGUACACUCUCACAAGAAUCAGCUGGAGGGGAUAUUCAGUCUCCUUUAACGCCAGAAAGUAUUAAUGGGACAGAUGACGAGAGAGUGAUGCCGGAAGUGACACAGAACUCGGAACCAAGGGCUGAACCAACCCAGAAUGCAUUGUCAUUUACACAUAGUUCAACAAUCAGCAAGCAUUGGGAGGCAGAACUGGCCACGCUCAAGGGUAAUAAUGCUAAGCUCACAGCAGCCCUGCUGGAGUCCACUGCCAAUGUAAAACAAUGGAAGCAACAGCUUGCUGCAUAUCAGGAGGAAGCAGAACGUCUUCAUAAGCGGGUGACUGAGCUAGAGUGUGUGAGCAGUCAAGCCAAUGCAGUCCACACACAUAAAACAGAAUUAAACCAGACAAUACAGGAGUUAGAGUCUGCGCUGAAGAAAAAAGAAGAGGAAAUAGAAAGAUUGAAACAAGAAAUCAACAGUGCCAAAGAUAUCCAGGCACAGAAGGAUUCUCUGACCCAGAAGUUACAGGAAGUAGAAAUUCGAAACAAAGACCUGGAAGGCCAGCUGUCCGAUCUAGAGCAACGUCUGGAGAAAAGUCAGAAUGAGCAAGAAGCUUUUCGCAAUAACUUGAAGACACUUUUAGAAAUUCUUGAUGGAAAAAUAUUUGAACUAACAGAGUUACGAGAUAACUUGGCUAAGCUAAUAGAAUGCAGCUAAAGAAAAUGGGAUUUCAGUGCCAAUCAGCUUAAAGAUGCACUGUCUCUCUUUAUAGGACUGUGUUGGGCUCUGCAUCAAAUUUGCACAAAAUUAGAAAAUGCUCCUCUGAGGGCUUGUUUUAAAUUUAGAGUCAUAUUUCAAUGUAAAAUUUAGAACUCAGCUUGUAGCUAGUUGAAGAAAAAACCCAACAAACAAACAAACUUGAAUUACAAAUUACCUCUUUGUACAUUAUUGGCCAUAGAUAACUUGAAAGAUAUUAACAGUAAUUGAAUGCAAUCCUUUUCUAAUUAUCAGUGAUGGAAGAAUUAGCAGUGUCCCAGGUCACAUCCCCUUUUUGUGAUAGAUACAAUAUAGGUUAUCUGCUGGUUUAUUUAUUUAAUUGAUGUGUUUUGUGCAAGAACUUAGUGAUGACAGCCCUGUAUUUUGUUGUUAAUAAUUUCUCAGGAUACUUUCCACUGUGGAGCAGCAUUGCCGUUACCAAUUUAUUCUUGCCAGGAGUGGGAGAGAGUUGCAUCUUUAAUUGAAACAAAGUCACUAUAACUGCUUGUUAUAAAGUUCUUCCUUUUGGGGUUUUUCGGUUGGUUGGUUUUUUUUUGUUUAUGUAUAUAUAUAUAUAUAUAUAUAUAUAUAUAUACUGGAAGAUACUGUAUUUCUUUAUGGAGCUUAUUCUGGUGUUCUACAAUAUUGUCCAAUGUAAGGUUUACUUUUUCAUAUGAAUUCCAUGUAAUUACAGCGAGAUACUAUCUUCCACUUAACUAUAUUUUGAAGCCAACCAAUGAUGGCAGGUGAGUCCUCCAGGAAAAAAAAAAAAGGCAAAAACCCCCUGAGAAUUUUAAAUGUAAAAUUUGACAAGCACAGAUAACAAGAAAUAGCCAGUUGUUUGUUUUCUGGCCAUGAUACAUAUAUCGACUAUCUAUGUUCAAUUAACUGUUAACCUGUUCUGCAGGAGACUUUUUCAGAAUGUCACAUGAAUUUCAGGUUUUGUGAAUAAUCGCUUAUGGGGAGCAUUGUUUAUUAAAGAUUGGAUUAAGGGCAUAGAGCUACUGCAAGGGAUUACUCAUAUACUGAACUUGUCCAGCCAAGAAAGCUGUUUCUAGAAGUUUUGUUGUCAUAACAAAUUGAAAUGGAGACAUGUUUACUCUUUUAUGGGUCUUCAUAUCACAUCUUUAUUGAAACUAUACCAGGCAAUAUUCUGAACUGUUAACUAAAUGUUUAAAAACAGGAAAUCAAAUUCAAUUAACCUCAGUGAGCAGGUUUUAAAGUUGUUUUCAUGUAAUUUUAACAGACUUUUGACAAACACACUUUUCUUUAUAUAAUAGAUUUAUUUUAAAAAAAAACCAAACCUCUGAAAAGUAAGCCAAGUGUCAUGUGUCUUGCAUCAAAGUACAUUCUUGCCAUAAAUUGCUUGUAAUGUUGAAGAGGGCUUUUUUAAAACUUAUGAAUGCGUGUCAGACUUCAAAGUCGAAAGAUGCACUGACCUUUGUUUGCUCCCCAAAUUAAUUUGAAUGUUAAACAUGAAAUCUAGUCAUUUAUUAAAUUUGUACAACAAAAGUUUCUCCAGAGACUGCUAUUCAAAACUAGAAAAGAUAAGUUUGUUUUUAUGUGUGUACUGUGUAUAUAUACCAUAUAAUACACACAGGUUCUCAUUUAUAUCAGAAAUACAUGCUUUAUUUCUAAAAUACUGUUUUUUUUUCUUUACCAGUAAUUUAUCAGGUGUCCUCUAACUAGUCAGGAAAAUGGUUUAGGUCAAAUGCUAAACCAUCAUGUAUUAUACUGUAUGUAAUGUACACAAUGUUUAAGUUUUCUCCAUAUUUUUAGGGUAUUUUCUCAACUAUUUUAUUUAUUAAAGGGGUGGGGGGGGCUUGGUUCAGCGUGCUACUGGUUGAAAACUUUGUGGUGAGCUACAUGUUUUUCAUUUGGUGGAUUUUAGACAGUGGUGUGUAUAUCUUCAUCAAGUCCAGAUGAGCAGAUAGAACCAGUUUUUAAUUUACCUGGGGAUGUUUGGGCCUGAUUCUCUUGUCACUUGUGCUGCUGUAAACCAGAUGUGUCCUUGAUGUGAUGUCAGAAACAUUCAGUUGGCAUAACAUCUGUGGAAGUGCAAGAAGAAUCUGUCCUGUUAAUGCUCAGUGGACAUAAUAAGGAUGAAGAAAGAAUAAAACCACAGAAGGUUGAUGAUGGAAUAAAUGUAAUAUUAUUUUUAAUGAUAUUAUUGACAUUUUAAAAAAUAUUAUGUCAUUUACAUGUGGGAAAAUAGUGGAUGGAAAUAUUUCCACUUAAAUUUUGUGAAUAUGUGUGGUACAUGACUAUUUCUAUGUAUACGUACACACAUAUGUAUGUACAGAACAUGGAAAAAUUUAGAUGUGCACAUUUUUAAUAUUUUCCUAUUGAAAUUAAAUUUAAAAUUGGAAAUUGA